UUCAUUCAUUUUUAAUCUUCAUAAUGUUUUCAAUUCGUUGUGGUUAUUUGUUUCAAAUUAUUCGAUAUUCAAAAUUUACAAGAAUAAAUCAAUUUUGUUCAACUUUCACUGAUCCUCAUAGUGGACAUGAAAAAUCGAAAAAAAAUCUUCGUGAAAAAGUACAACAAAAAAUUGCCGAAAUAGAUGCCGAACAAUUGCAAUCACCGAAUACACCACUUGGUCUAAUGAAUCGUUCACCGCAUGUUGAUCCGAAUUCCGUAUUAGAUGUAGAAACGCAAUCACCAAAUCCAGCAUAUGAUCCAUUUCCUGAUAAUAAAAAUCCUAAAACUGGUGAAAUAAAUGGACCAACAGGACCAGAACCUACCAGAUAUGGUGAUUGGGAACGUAAAGGUCGUUGUUCAGAUUUUUAAAAAAUUUUUGAAAUGAAACAAUUUUAAAAUAUUGUGAUAUGAUAUGUGU